UGUAUGGAGAGAGCGAAGAGAGGGAGCGCAACAGAGAAAGAGUGAGCAAUGCACAAAGCAGGUUAUAGAGAACACAACUAGAACAACGUAUAUUGACGCUGCUAGCUGUAUGCACGUAUGUAGUUAUGGAGUUGGACGAAUUCACCGUAGCUAGCUAGCCAGCGAACCGUUAAUGUUUUGGAGAAAGAGAAAAGUUACAGUAGCUAGCUAGCUACAGUACUGAUUGAGUAGGGGACGACGUUAUGUAGCCACUGUGACGAGUUGAGAAAUUGAUGGUCUGCUCGUUUUCCGACAAACUUGAAAGAUAACUAGUUAACUGGCUUACAUUUACAGUACUGACAAAGGACGUGACUUAAUUUUACUCGCUAUGCUUCAAGGCGACAAGUCGAGUCGGUGCUUCUUGACAACAUAAUGUUUAGCUAACGUUGGCUGUUUUGAUAAUGAUCCGUUGAACGAGGUUUGUCCUCCAGGGAGACUCGAGCGUGUCGUUAGCCGAGGACGAUCACUCAUAGCUACCUGCGCGUGUUUGUUGGACCAGAUAAGACUCCUAUGUUGAUUGUUUGGCCAACUAGCUACUGUAGCUAAACACUUGUUAUCUAAGCCAUGUAAGUAACAAGCAAGUUGAAGUUACGGUAACACAUCAAGUUGUAGGAGAGAGAUAGCGAUGCUUCGUGACAGGAUUAACGUUACUGCUACGGCUCUGGUGGUGGAAUUUAAGACGUUUAUUUUUGGGGGGGGUAGCAAGUCAACUAACGUUAGGUUGUCAGCUUGAUGUCUUGUUGACUAGUUGGUUGGCAAAACAGUGGCUCGGAGCUAAUCUAAUGUUUUACUGUCAGGUAUAGCUAGCUAGCUGAGCUGUUUGUUGGCCAGUUAACAGUGCGACUCGAUGGACCUGUACAGUAGAAACUUGCUAACAAAGCAUUGCUUUGUUAGAUAGGGGCGAUUGGCAGCAUUACAGGCUACCUAGCUGGUAUUGUUGCUUAAUACAGUGAGCAAUCCUUUUGGCGAUUUGAAUCCACACUCAGACACAUCAGUACAUGUAGUUAUUGUUGCUGUCAGGGCUGUGUGGAAGGGAGUCUUAAGACAGAAGAAGACGCAAAGAGACAGAAGAGGCUAUCGGACUCCUGAGAUGACACUGGCUAACAUGAAACCAGAUCGAGACGUGGCAGCGGAGGAGUUCUUUGAGUACGAUGCAGAGGACUUUCUGGUGUUCCUGACCCUGUUGAUCACUGAGGGCCGGACCCCAGAAUGUUCUGUGAAGGGUCGAACAGAGGGGCUACACUGCCCUCCUGCACAGUCUGGCAUGCCCCCUCUACACAGGCAUGAGUGUAGUGACAAACUGCCCCAGUGUGUGCAGGCACGGCGUGUGCGCUCGGAGGUGUGUGUGUUGUGGAGGAACAGUAUUCCUAUCAUGGUGGAGGUGAUGCUGCUGCCAGACUGUUGCUAUGGAGACGAGACUCCCCCUAGUGACCCCAUCAGUGACCCAGCAAUCAAACAAGAUGCUCUGCUACUGGAGAGAUGGACACUGCAGCCUGUACCAAGACAGACGGGUGACAAGUUCAUAGAGGAGAAGACUCUGCUGUUAGCUGUUCGUUCCUACGUCUUCUUCUCCCAGCUCAGUGCCUGGCUCAGCGCUUCUCACGGGAUCGUGCCCCGAAACAUCCUUUACAGGAUCAGUGCAGCAGACGAGGAGCGCGUGUGUCAGUUCUCCCAGCCCCCAGCGGAGCACCUGUUCCCUGUCCCCAACGUGUCCCAGAGUGUUGCCCUGAAGCUCAGGGUCCAGUCCCUCCCGCGGCAGCCCACCUACCCAACCCUGGCCUGUAGCAUACACACCAGCCUUCCGUUGUCCCCGCUCUACAGCAAGACGCCCGGAGUUAGGCCGGGGCUGAACCCUAACCAUCCCUUGUACGUGAAGAGCCGCGGCUCUAAAGAUGGCCACAACAGAACCACGCUGCCCUUCUCUGGCCUCCCCUUCCCCAGCCUACCCUGCCUGUCCCUGCCCAGUAAGAGAGACAGCCAGGGCCCUCCAGACAGCCAGGGUCAUUCUAGCCAGAAUGGGUCAGAUCUCCCCCAGCUCAGUAAGGGUGAAUCAUCAUCAUCAUCCCCCUCCUACCACCCCCCCCUCUCCCCCAGGCCCCCACCCCGCUCCCCUCUCCCCUCUGGGGGAAAGGCUGUCAGGUGGCUGUAUGCCCUCACCUCCGAGCCCUCCGAUGAGAUCGCAAACACCACCGACGACUAUGGGACAGCUGUCCAUGGGGCUGAGAGCUCCAAGGGCCAUGGUUCUGAAGCCCUCAGGGCCUUUAAGACUUACUCAUUGGGCGAACCCCCUCGAUGCCCCUCCCCUAGACCCUCCUCUUCUGAGACAAACCCUCUGAUUGGCUCCCUGCUCCAGGAAAGACAGGAAGUAAUUGCCCGCAUCGCUCAGCGCCUAAAUUUCUGUGACCCGACCGCCCCCCAUCUCCCCCCGGCCCUCUUUACCCCAGACACUCCCACCAAGACCCCUCUCUGGGGCAGUUACCUUGACAAUGCCAUGCUCGGCAAGACCAAAGAGCCAGAGGGGGCACCGCCUACUGAGCAUGCCCCGCCCUCCCCUUUUGACACACCCGUUAGCAAUGUAGCAGCCAACCUCAGGGAGACACUGUCCCCAAAACCUGCUGCCUGCCGCAAACUGAGACUCACAGAGGACAGAGACCUGGAGACUCAGAGAGAAAUAAACUCGGUGAGAGAGAGAGUCAGGGGGACUCUGAAAGACAUGGAAACCCAGAGAGACAGAGAGAAAGACACACAGAAAGACAGAGAAAGACAGCAAGAGAGAGAUAGUAGUCUCUUUUCCCAGGCUGUUCAGGACAUUACAAGACUGAUUCAGGACAGACUGUCUGUCCCCUCCCUGUCCCCAACACACAGCCGCAGCCCGCAGCACACUCCACAUACACACAACACACACACAGCCCAUGAAGAGACACACACCACACACAGAGACGACUACAGCCAUAGCAAUGGUCACAGCAACGGUUACACACCCAGCCAAGACACACACACACUCACACGUACGCCUGUUUGCGCAGACAGAGCUGGUGCUCCUUCAGAGACAAACUGUCAAAUCAGAACCCAGAAAGGCCAGUCACCACUUGAAGACGUACAGGUCAGCCCCAAAAUCCAGUCUCAACCCCAGGCCUCAGCCCAUGUCACCCCGCAACCUCUACCCCAGCCUAAGACACAGAGCUGUCCACUACUCAGCCCCAAGAGCCCUAGAGACAAGACCUCAAAGGGUUUCCACCCCACCCUCCACAUACCACCAAGACCCUCCUCCCCUAAAGACAUGAUCAUCAGAACUAUCAGGACUUUGACUGUGACUCAGACCACCACACUGACCCAGACCACUGCCCAGACUCUGACCACCAAGCACACCCAUACCACCGCUCUCAUCCAGAACCACAUCAAACCUCAAUCUCAUACCCCCCGGGACCAGACCCAGCCUCAGCCUCAGUCCCCCCGGGACCAGACCCAGCCACGGUCUCAGUCCCCCCGGGACCAGACCCAGCCACGGUCUCAGUCCCCCCGGGACCAGACCCAGCCUCGGUCUCAGUCCGCCCAGACCCAGACCCACCCUCGGUCUCAGUCCCCCCAGAACCAGACCCACCCUCGGUCUCAGUCCCCCCAGAACCAGACCCAUCCUCGGUCUCAGUCCCCCCAGAACCAGACCCAUCCUCGGUCUCAGUCCCCCCAGAACCAGACCCAUCCUCGGUCUCAGUCCCCCCAGAACCAGACCCAUCCUCGGUCUCAGUCCCCCCAGAACCAGACCCAUCCUCGGUCUCAGUCCCCCCAGAACCUGCCUCAGUCUCCCCUGCCCUCUGCUCUCCAGGAUGAGAACAAGGCCCCCCCAGGUUCUGGGUUUUCUAGCCCCCAGCGCCCUGCUACUAGAUCCCCUUGCCCGGAGACCAACACUGUCCUGCAUUCUCCGUCACCCCUGAGACCAUGUAACAGUUGGAGGAAUCACAACCGUCACUCUCUGGACUCCACCCUAACAAAGGUCUUCCACCCCUGUACUGGCUUACCCCUUCUCUCCAGCCCUGUUCCUCAGAGGCGAAAUCAGACUGGAUACUUUGACUUGGACUCUUCUCUUAGCAGCUGUAAAGGACUGCCCUGGACUACAGGAAAGAGAGUUUGUGUGAAAAGAGAGGAGUCGGAAGAAGCUCAGCAGUUGUUCAGUGCCAGCGCUCCUCCUGCUAGCCUCAGUCUACUGGGCAACUUUGAGGAGUGUGUGCUGAACUACCGUCUGGAGCCGUUGGGGUUGGUGGAUGGCUUCACGGCCGAGGUGGGGGCCUCCGGAACCUUCUGCCCCAGUCACAUGACCUUCCCUGUUGACGUGUCCUUCUACAGUGUCUCCGACGACAACGCACCCUCGCCAUACAUGGGAGUCAUCAACCUUGAGACUCUGGGUAAACGGGGAUAUCGUGUCCCUUCAUCAGGAACCAUUCAAGUGACCUUAUUUAACCCCAAUAAAACAGUGGUGAAGAUGUUUGUGGUGGUGUAUGACCUGAGAGCCAUGCCUUCCAGCCACCAGACCUUCCUCCGUCAGAGGACCUUUUCUGUCCCUGUCCGACGAGACAGCACACACUCACACACUCAUGGCAGCCGAGACAACACACACACGCAUGGCGGCACUCACGGCAUCGGCAAGAAAGCCCUCCCAUUGGGUCAAGGACGUAUUCUUCGCUACCUCAUUCACCUGAGGUUCCAGACCUCUAGGUCAGGUAAGGUGUACCUCCACAGGGACAUCAGACUCCUCUUCAGUAGGAAGUCUAUGGAGGUGGACAGUGGAGCGGCCUACGAACUCAAGUCCUACACAGAGUCCCCUGCUGACCCAGCCUUUUCCCCACGCUGCUGACACACACACACACACACACACACACACCUCUAGACCCCCACCCCACACACACACCUUCUGCCCUUGCUGCUCACAAAAACACACAAACACACAUCUAGACCCACCCUUUUCUUCCCUUGCUGCUGACACAAACACACAAACAGAUCCCUGUCUGUGUCUGCACUGCUGACACUGUCAUACACACACAUACAUAGACCUGUCAGAGAGCUGGGCUCCAAGUGGUCUUAUGAUUAAAAGUCCAUACAGGCGCUGUCCUAGAUACCUAGGGCUGAAGUUCUCCCUCACCAUCUAACCUGACCAGGAACAACUCCUGGUCCUAUGGGAAACAUGUUGUUGUCUGUGAAGUAAAAAAACAAACAUAAAAUACAUGUUGAAAACAUGUUAGACGUGCUAAAACGCAUCAAAUACACGUUAGUGAACAUGGACCACUGACAGACCAGAACAAGCAAUCAAGAAUCAAAGACCGAUUACAGGAUGACAUUGCAAAAGCGCACUGUGUUUUCCACCAUGACUGGAAAUCUAAAUGAGUAAUAUUCUAAUACUUAUUUUUUGUACUGUUACAAAAAAAACUAUCGGAAAUGUUGCAAUAGAAAGAGACUAACCUUUAGCUUUAGUGUUUACAUUUACUUCAUGUUUACCAUCAGUUAUUUAAUAUUUAAAUUAAUAUUUCAGUUACUGCUCAUGUGAUGUCUUUCAUGCUCAGCAUUAGUGCAAAACUCUGUAAAUCAUAUGUAUUUUUGACAUUAAUAUUCUGAUCUGAAAAAAAUAAAUAUAUCUAUAUCUUA